CCAAUUUCACAAGUUAAUAACUCCCAAUCAGUUUCCUCACGUCUGUUUAGCUUGACAUAGGAUCUGUUGUCGUCAAUCAUCCGCGAUCGGAUCAUCUUGAUACUUCCUCCUACACCAUGCUGGGGGGCGCCAUACCUACUUCGGAAGCUGGCUAUCGUUCCUCGUCGCAGACCCAAGCCUCGCACCAACCCUCGUCACGUCUAGAGACCGGCGACGGCUCUAGGUCGGCAUCGUCUAACACCACCCCCACCUCGUCCACAGCCCCGCCGUCAACGUCCGCCUCAGCUCGCCUCCCCUCCCACCAAACCACCCAUGAUGUUCCCUCUUAUAUCAAUCAACCUUCCGACCCGAAUUCCCAUCCGUCAUCGCGGGCGUCCUCAACCAUCUCGGGUAUAACCAACACCCACCCGAACUCAGCAUCAAUGACCACAACCACCAGCGGUAGCCAUUCAUCUCGCUCCGAUAUCCACGCCGCGCCUCCUACAUUUGCCCCUCAUGUCAGCACCAGCCAUGCACACACGACCGCGACCUCUGCGCAACACAUCAGAAGCCACUCAUCCCCAGCAUCACCACAGUUGAGGCCCACCCAUCAAUCCCUCCGUUCCUUAGGUGGUUCGGAGGCGAACUCGCCGAGUCGCAUUAAGGUCCGCGAUCUGUCCCAUAUACAAAGCUUUGCGAGCGAGGAAAUGUUGGUGCAAAGAGAUCGGAGGGCGGGACAAUGGGGUCCCCAGGAGCGCCAGUACGAGAUCAGUUCCAUGCCGGUCACGGACAUUAUCGAAAUGGUUGCUGGGCUUUUGACAAAAAUCACUACGACCAACGACAUGCACCACGAGCAUAUCCAUCGCCACAUACCACCCCCAGACGGGACCUCAAACCUCAGCCCGCAGGCGACCAGUGUUCUUGCAUUUCAUGGCAAGAAUGUACCCAGUAUCAGCAUUCUCAGCUAUUUGACGAGGAUACACAAGUACUGCCCCACCACUUAUGAAGUCUUUCUCAGUCUUCUGGUGUAUUUCGAUCGCAUGACGGAGUUGGUCAACCGGGCCCAGCUUGAGCGAUUACGGCGUCGCCAGGCCCGAUCAGCUGCCAUGAUGGGGAAUGAAGGCAUUCAGCACCAUUCGGGCCAUUAUUCAACUGUACAGACGACGGAAUCAUCACCACUGGCGACUCCGCCAUCUUCUGCUAGCUUUGCUGCACAGGAUCCGUCCACUCCUUCCUCCAUGUCCCCAGCUCUGGACCCCCAGGAUGAGGAAGACGCGCUUUCCCACUUUUUUGUCGUCGAUAGUUUCAAUAUUCAUCGGCUAGUCAUCGCAGGCGUGACUUGUGCCAGUAAAUUCUUCUCCGAUGUUUUCUACACCAACUCUCGUUAUGCAAAGGUUGGAGGACUACCGUUGGUUGAACUCAAUCACCUUGAGCUCCAGUUCCUUCUCUUGAACGACUUUCGUCUUUCGAUUCCCGUGGAAGAGCUUGAGGCGUAUGGCACAAUGCUAGUAGAGUUCUAUGCUCGAGAGAUCGCCUCCCAGCAACAGCAGCAGCAGUCACAAUUGGGCAUACCUCAUUCAAUUCACCCUCCCCCGACAAUGGGUUCUCAGUCGGAUGGGAUGUACAUGCGUGCCCGGGAAAAGCAGCGUCCCGAUCAAUCAGAGGUUCGCCAAACUCCCACUCCACCUUGAAUGGUCUACGCAUGACGACAAUGUCUUUUCUCUCGCUCCUGGACCCUUGAGCCAUGCUGUUCUCCUUCGAGAGGCGAACGAUUCCUUCCUUCCACUUCGCUUCCUGUGCGGGUGUACGUAUCGACUGCUGGUUUACUAUACCUCUUAAUUGGCGUCGCAUAUCCCCUUGGGUACAUAUGUCCGUUAGUCCUGUCUUAAUCACGCAUCUUCCCAGCAGAAAGAUGAUUGCAAAUC